CGAAACCACCGGUAGGUAGACGUGCGGUUGGUGUGCCUUAGAUUUAUCGAUUUUUGUUAAUUAUUUAAUAUUCAAACAAAGUGGAUUUUGUUUUAUUUUUCAAUAAGUAACUAAAUACGUUCAUUGAUAUUUUAGUGAAUAAUAAUUGUGCUUAAAAUAUUUAGUUCGCUAUAAUAUACGAUUUUAGUAAUUAUGACUUCGCUUUCCGGUGCUUAAUUUGGAAAACACUUUAAAAAGAUCAUAAUGAUAUUUGGACCAAAACUGGUUAUUGGAUUUAUCCUAUGGGCGCUAGAGUACAAAGAAACCAAUGGACACGGACGACUAAUUGAACCACCCUCCAGAGCAUCUAUGUGGAGAUAUGGCUUCAAUACACCACCAAAUUACAAUGACAACGAAUUGUAUUGUGGUGGCUUUACGAGACAGUAUCAGACGAAUGGAGGCAAAUGCGGUAUAUGCGGCGACCCAUGGGACGCUCCACAGCCGAGACAACACGAAGCUGGCGGAAAGUACGGACAAGGAGUGAUCGUGCGCCGUUACAAAAUCGGACAGCCAGUAAUUGUACGCAUCGAGCUGACGGCUAACCACCGCGGGUACUUCGAAUUCAGGCUGUGUCCGAACAACGCGCCCAAGCAAGUGGCCAGCCAGUCGUGUCUGGACAAGUACGUAUUGCGGAGGGUUAAGACCAAGGACGCCAUCGAAGCGUUCCACGACACUCGAUUUUAUCCAGGUACAGAGAACAAGGUGUACGAAAUGAGAUACCUGUUGCCGGACAGUUUGACAUGCAGCCAGUGCGUAUUGCAAUGGAAGUAUAUUGCGGGCAACAAUUGGGGCGAGUGUGCGAAUGGCACCAGUGCGGUUGGCUGCGGGCCGCAAGAGGAGUUCCGGGCGUGCGCUGAUAUCUCGGUGUCCGACAGAGAUGGUACAGUCGAUACGUCACCAUAUCCAACACCUAUUACAAUAACGACGUCGACUACCAGUGUCACUGAGAUUGUUGACACCAACGAGAUACCAGACACGACGGAACAUCAUAAGCCACAAUCUACAGGAUUCAGCUUGGCCAUAUUUAUCAUAUCUAUUAUACUAUUGACAUUGGGUUUCAUUUUAAUGGUAUUCAUGUUUGUGUAUUGGUACUUCUAUCACGCUGGAGACACUAUAAAAUCAUGGUGGAGAAGAAUGGCCGAAUCAUCUUAUUCUUGUAUGAGAAAAAGUGUAAAUGAAGAAAAAAAGACGGGCAAAAAUGAGCAGCCUGUACCACCCCCUAGGGUUAAGAAGACUAUGAUAGGUUUCAAAGGUGUACCCGACAAUCUAGUAUAAGAGUAUACAAAUAUAAGUCGUAGUGCUGUAAAGAAAACUUUUAUUAUUAUUAUUUUUUUUAUAUUUUACAAAUUGUGAUCACACUUAAAUUAAAGUGAUAGCUUAUAGAAUUAAAAUCUGUAUAUAUAUUUUAAUAUAUUAUGAUAUAACAAGACUAUGUGUCAAAAGAAGACAUGGUUAUUGUGAGUAUCUUUUUGUACUUGAUUUUUAUUUAUGAAACUAUUAGUAAUGAACUAAAAAGUAGUAUAAUAAUUGGUAAGGUGUUAAGAUUGUAGUGAUUAUUUUAUAAACACAAAAAUUGUUAAUGUAGUAA